UAGUAUAUAUAUAUGUAGUAGCGUGGGCGGAGUCUGCCGGGUUUGCGGAGCGCAAACUUUCUACUUAGUUUGCGGACAACUCGCGCUCUGUGAACUGCAUCAUCGUCAUCCGCUCUUAUCAAUUUUGUUGAGUGCAACAACAACAACAACAACAACAAAAACAACUUAACACCCUCUUCGUAACAAAAGAAAAACAAUUUGUUUUUUCACUCACCGAUUGCUCGAUUCAUAAAGGAAGUAAAGCAGAAAAUGGCUUCUUUUGGUAACUUGAUGGUACCCGUCUUCGUGUUGACUUUGGUCUUCGGAGCCGCGAUGGCUUUGCAAUGCAUGAAGUGCGGCCAAUACAACGACGGCGUCGGCUCCAUAACGCCGUGCAUCAAUUACACCCAUAUGCAAUUGAUUAAUUGUCCAUCGUCGGAGCACGUCUACUGCAUCAAAUACAUCAGCGAGGGUUCGACUGUUCGGGACUGCGUCGGCAAAUGCACGGAGAAACAAUUCUUGAGCACGAGGACCUACUGCUGCACGGAGGACGGCUGCAACUCUUCGCCGACAUCUGGAGCGCUCGCUUUUCUGACGAUCACCUUAGUAGCCCUUGCCCUCGUCCUGAUCCACUAAUCCACGCUAACGCUCGAAGACGCGAGUUGACAACACAAAUAACAAUA